GGUAGGGUUUUAGGAAGAUGCAUAGUUUAAAAAAUUAACGAAAAGAAAAACAGAAAUACAAAAAUGGUGGUUUGUUUGGACAUUUUGGAAAGAGAAAGCGAGGCAGGAAGUUCAUCUUCUUUCAUUAUUGGUUUGGAUCCAAAGGGAGAGAAUUAGAUAAUUUAGAUUAGAGAGAGAGAGAGAGAGAGAGGGGGGAGAAAGGGAGGGUCAGGAUAGGAGGGAGAAAGUCUCUGCACAAGGAGCUUUGACUCUCUCACAUCCAUGGCGCAUUCACACCUUGAUUUCAUCGUUCUGCAUCAUUGGUUCUUUUGAUUCCAAGUUCUCAGGUCUGCAAACCCAUUUGGGCAUUCCUUAGAUUUUCUCUUCGUACCUCCGAAAUUCAUAAAUCUAGAAAAUUGAGAAAUUGCGUAAAUUCAAACCCUUGAUCCAUGGGAAAUUGCUGUGUGACCUCCGGCAAUCCGUCUCGGAAGAAAAAAGAGAAGAAGAAGAGUAAACCCAAUCCAUUUUCCGUCGACUAUGGUAUGAAUCUUAAACAUGGAGCUGACACCAAGCUCGGCGUAUUGAAAGAUCCAACUGGACACGACAUUUCCAUGCAAUACGAUCUGGGGCGAGAGCUUGGGAGAGGUGAAUUUGGGAUAACAUAUCUGUGUACUGAUGUAUCCACAGGCGAAAAGUUUGCCUGCAAAUCGAUUUCAAAGAAAAAGCUUAGGACUGCAGUGGAUAUCGAGGAUGUGCGAAGAGAGGUUGAGAUUAUGAAGCACAUGCCUAAGCACCCAAAUAUAGUGAGCUUAAAGGACACUUUUGAAGAUAAUAGUGCGGUUCAUAUUGUGAUGGAAUUGUGUGAGGGUGGGGAAUUGUUUGAUCGCAUAGUUGCGAGGGGGCAUUACACAGAGCGAGCAGCUGCAGCUGUCACUCGAACAAUUGUUGAAGUUGUGCAGAUUUGUCACAAGCAUGGAGUGAUGCACCGUGAUCUCAAACCAGAGAACUUUCUGUUUGCAAACAAGAAGGAAACGGCCCCCCUGAAGGCAAUUGAUUUUGGGUUGUCAGUCUUCUUCAAACCUGGUGAGCAAUUUGCUGAGAUUGUGGGCAGUCCUUAUUACAUGGCUCCUGAGGUUCUGAAGCGUAAUUAUGGCCCAGAGGUUGAUGUCUGGAGUGCGGGAGUUAUCCUGUACAUUUUACUUUGUGGUGUUCCACCUUUCUGGGCAGAAACGGAACAAGGAGUAGCACAGGCUAUUAUUCGUUCUUUCAUUGAUUUUAAGAGGGAACCUUGGCCUAAAGUUUCUGAUAAUGCAAAGGACCUUGUAAAGAGAAUGCUUGAUCCAGACCCAAAACGGCGACUUACAGCUCAGGGAGUGCUUGAACAUCCUUGGUUACAAAAUGCCAAGAAAGCCCCAAAUGUUCCACUGGGCGAGACCGUGAGAGCCAGGCUCAAACAAUUUUCCGUAAUGAACAAGCUCAAGAAAAGAGCUCUAAGGGUGGUGGCUGAGCAUUUGUCUGUGGAGGAAGUGGCUGGGCUCAAGGAGGCAUUUGAAAUGAUGGACACAAGCAAAAGGGGCAGGAUAAAUCUUGAGCAGCUUAGGAAUGGGUUGCAAAAGCUUGGCCAACAUAUUUCUGAACAAGAUCUUCAAAUUCUAAUGGAAGCUGCUGAUGUUGAUGGGGAUGGAACCCUGAAUUAUGGAGAGUUUGUUGCAGUUACGGUUCACCUUAAAAAGAUGGCCAAUGAUGAGCACCUACACAAAGCUUUUGCAUUCUUUGAUCAAAACCAGAGUGGUUACAUUGAGAUUGGAGAGUUGAGGGAUGCCUUGAAUGAUGACAUUGACUCUAACAGUGAGGAAGUCAUCAAUGCCAUCAUGCAUGAUGUGGACACAGACAAGGAUGGGCGUAUAAGCUAUGAGGAGUUCGCUGCAAUGAUGAAGGCUGGUACAGAUUGGAGAAAAGCAUCCAGGCAAUAUUCUCGAGAGCGAUUCAACAGUCUCAGCUUGAAGUUGAUGAGGGAUGGGUCCUUAAAGCUAACUAAUGAGGUUAGAUGAAGCAUGAAAAUUUUAAAAACAAAAGCAAACCAAUAUAGGGCAAAGAAAAGGGAACCAAAAACAAAACCCUUUUGCUAAUUUAGGGCUUUUCCCUGAAGUUUGCCCUAAGCACCUUUGGAUGAAUAGAAUCAGGUGAGGAUCUCAGAGUCCUUUUCAAAUAGCCAUGUUUAGGUUGUGCCUUUGUUUUAGAGUUAGUUCCAGUAGAAGAGGAAAAAUUUAGUGUUAGAGAAAGAAGUUGGUAAGGUGGUUCUUCUAGGCCAAGAUUUGUGGUUGUAAAUAUCUUAUCUGUUAGGCUGACUGCCCCUUUUCACUAGAGAAGCAUAUUUGUGUAGCUGUUAUAUAUGCUCUGUUUGGUGACAGAAUUUGCCACUUUUCAGUUGUUAGCUGCAUUUCAUUAACACCCAUGUUGUAGAAACCCUACGCAAGCUCAAGCAAUUUGUUCUAUUUUCAUUGUUUUGUUUAUAUACUAUUCCCCCAAGUCUUAACAAUUAUUCUGUGUUUCUGUUCAAUAAACUAUAAUUCAUAUUGUUGUGUUUGGAAAA